AUGCCAAACUAUAUAGUAUGUCUAAGUCACUUCUGUGAGCUCCAUGGACCAUCAGUAAUUGCAUGUACCCAGUUCACUAAAUCUGAGCAAAAACAGGACAAUUUACUAUCAUCCAAUUCACGAGUGAUCAAUUGUUCAUCGUGCCAGUUAGUACUCCCUCAAGAUGCACUAAAUCUAUCGAGUCUAUCUGAUUCCAAGUCAUUUGUCACGACGCAUUAUCCAAGCUCUCAAAAACGGUAUGCUGCAUUGACAAAGUUUGUCAUGAAAUCACUCUCAGUAGAAACGAAUUUGGAUUUGUCGAAACCAAUGUUUUUUGGUGAUGCAAUCGAUGGCUUUUGUAUGAACAAGAUUUUCAAAAUUUACGAUAUAAACGCAAGAGGACAAGAGAGAAAGUAUAGUUUAAUGGUUAUGAGUGACUCGGAGUCGCAUUUAUUGGAGAACUGGGAUAUUAUCAGUCUAUACUUUGUCGAAGUAAUAAACUCAAUCCAAGAGAAAGUACAUAAUAUCAACGAAAAAAUACACCAGCAAAAUGGGUUAAUGAACGGAAAUCUAGUGGAUAACGAAAAAUACCUAAGAAGAUCUAUGGCUCGACCGAAAUCCUUGGUUGAGUUAACGGGGGAUGACCAAAUAUUUGUCAAGCUUCAUCUAUGGGCAAUAGAGCUAUUAAAGGAUAUAACCAGAUGA